UGUCUUUGGCGGUUAUUUUUAGGUUAAAAUCUAAAAUAAAUUCAAGAAAAGCUGUGUCGGUCGGUACAGACUUCCCAACGUAGGUUAUUUUAAAAUUACAACGUGCCAGUGUCCUUUAUUCAUGAAAAUUGCGCAUUUGGAUCCUUGUUCGUCUCGUGUCGUACUAUUUGCAAGUUCAUUGUAUUGUAACUCAUUGUUUACACAGGGUUAUGAAACAAUAAGUGGAUCUCUGUCGCUUGGAGCGCCAGUUCAAGCCGAAUAAUGUCAGGCGACGUACAGCCAAGGAAGCGCAAAGAUAAGAAAAGAAAAAAAGAUGAGUUAAGCUUAGAGGAGCCUCGUGGAACGGCGGCGGCGCUCGGCGAAGGAGAUGUCUUUAUGCAUUCAUAUCACGACCAUGGCACGGGUGGACACUGGUGCGCUAAAAUAAUAUUCUUCUCUUUGCUAGCCAUACUUGUCACACUUAUUGGAUUGAUCAUAUUGGAAAACAGAGGCCUAUCGGAAUUGGAAGCGAAUUCUGUGGAAUCCCGGUACUCUGGUGUCUUAGAGGGUUGGCUUGAGGAUGCUCCUGAGGAUGAUCACCAUGAUGAACACACUUUAGAACUAAAUCACCAUGAUGAUGAUGAUGAUGGCCAUGAUGAAGACGUCAAUCAUGUCAGUGAAGAAGAUCACGCGGAUGAAGAUGAUGAUCACGAUGAUGAACAUGCUGAUGACGAUGAUGAUGAACAUGGUGAUGAAGAUGAUGACGACGACGAUGAAAAUGGUGAUGAAGACGACGAUGAACAUGCCGAUGAAGACGAAGACGAUCAUGGUGAUGAUGAUGACGAUGAACAAGGUGAUGAAGAUGAAGAAGAUCAUGGUGAUGAAGAUGACGAUGAAUCAAAUUAUAAUGAUGAGCACCUUUUACAAGACGAUGAUGAACUAGAUCAACAAAGUGACAAUGACGAAGAUGGUGAUGCUGAUGAAAAUGAUGAUCAUGAAAAUGACGAGGAUAAUGAGGAUGAAGAUGAACUACACCAAGAUUCGUUUGAAGAUGACGACAAUCAAUAUCAAGCUGAUGAAGGUGAUGAUAACAAUGACGACCUACAACAAGUAGAUGAUGAUGAUGAAAAUACAGAACCGAAUGAAAUAGAUUAUAAUGAUGAACAAGACAAUGAUGAAAAUGAAGACACAAACCAAAGUGCAGAAAAUUAUGAUGAUAACAAAGAAGAUAAUAAUGAGGAUGAUGAUGAAGAAGAAGAACACGAUGAACACGAGUCUGAUGAAGAAGUGGAAGUGGAGCAACUUGAAAAAGAAGUCCCUGAUGAAGAACCAAUCUCCGUUGAACUACCAGCUUUGCCUGAGGACGAUGACGACGACAAAGGAGAUGAUGGUGAUGAUUCCGCUGAUAACGACCAACUUGAUGAUGAAGAUAACAGCGUUGAACAAGAAGAUGAGGAAUUCCUGGAAGCUGAUGACACUGACGAGCCUCCGAUCGAACGUAUCACUGUUCCGGCUGGCAAACCAUUAGUAGAGGUGGAAGAAGAAGAAUCUUCUGAGCAGCCUCCGGACACGCUAGCUGAAGAAGAGGAAUACGAGAAGAGGCAGGAAGAACUCCGCAAGGAGGAAGCGCAAUCCUCCCAUAUGUGGCUGAAGCUGACUGUGGGCGGAGCGCUGUUGGUGGCAACCCACGCCGUCAUGCGACGCGCCACGCGCCCGCGCGAUACACCAGAAAGCGAGGAACAACCUAGUAGAGAAGAGACACCCGUUAUAGACCGCCGUAUGACUUUGUUGCCAGAACAACAUUCUGCCCCCGUGAGAAAAAUCAUUGAGGAAGUUUCGCAGCCGGUUAUAGAAAAGGUAGUUGAAAAAAUGACUCCUGUUAUUAGAUCAGUUCCAAUUAGAAAGGAAGAAAGCGAAGAAGAAGAGGAAGAUGACGAAGAAAAGCAACAGUCAGAAGACGAAGAAGUAAUUGAUGAACCAACGAAAGACAAAGAACUAUACAGCGACGAGGAUGAGCCCGCCGAAGAAUUAGAAGAAGAGGAAGAAGAAGAAAUCGUUGUACCGAAGAAAGAAAUCCCCAAACAAAGCGCGCCAGUAGCUGAGAAGAAACCCGAGCCGGAAUCGGAAGAAGAAAUCGAUCCAGAUGACGUGGAAAUUAUUGGCGACGAGCAAUUGGAAGAUGAAAUGGAGGAAGAAGAUGAUGAAGAAGAAAUAUCUGAUGUUGAUGAUGCUGAACUCUUAAGCCGCCUGGAAGCCAAAUACGGGAGGCUUCCUGAGCCAGAGAGACCCGGACAAAAACACAAGGAUGGAGGCAACAGCGUAGAUGACGCGUGGCCGGGCGAGCCCAGUGACGCUUACUGGCGCCAGCAGCUGGACUCCGCGGAACGAGAGCUCCGCCAGGGCGCGUGGAGUUCUGCCGGCGAGCGUUCGGCGGCGCCGGAGUUGCGAGCGAGCGCGCGUGCGCGUUACGUGUUCGCGCGCGCGCUCGACGCCGCGGCUGAAGCGCAGCGCGACAACAGACUGCUGACGCGCGCUAUAACGGCCUACCUCGACCUGCUGAAGAUGAACGAACGCCUCUCCGACAAGAAACUGCUCGAAGUCACGGGCAGAACGCUCGACAGAAUACAGUUUAGAGGAAAUUAUUUAAGCGCUGAACCGGUUUAUAGAUUGCUGAUACGUCGAUUUCCGAAUGACCCUUCGUAUCGAAACAACCUUACGAUCUCUUUUCUCAUGGCUAACAGAGCUGACUUGGCAGAACAAGUUUUAAAAGAAACGCUAAAACGCUGGCCCGACGAUCGCAUAGCAUUAGCGCAUUACGCUUUUGUGUUGAAGACGCAACAUAAUAAUUACGAAAAGGCCGUAGAACUUUUCCAGAAAGCGCUUGAAGGCGACACAGGUGCCGCCAACGAACCGAGGUUCUACUACCAUUACGGCGAUUCCUUGCUGUUGCUAGGUCGACCAGACGAAGCGCAUAAAGUGCACGAACGCGGUGCGAAACUGGGACACUUCCUAUCGGCCUCCCAGCGGUCUCUAUACAACGUGCCGAGACUAAAAGGCUCGCCGUGGUGGAACGUAGAAGACACGCCUUACUUGCGCCUAGCAAAGGCUUUGGAGAAAUCAUGGAAAGAGAUCUUAAAAGAAGGAGAAGCGGCAAAAGCGUUGUACGAACAAGAGAAGGAAGGAUUGAAGGAGAAGGGAGAAUGGUCGCAGUUGGAUUUGUUUGUCCGGGGUCAAGAGAUCCCGGAUAGGUGUAAGCGCGCGCCGGUUACUUGUGCUAUAAUCAAGGGCGAGCCGGCUGCCGCAGGAUGUCGCAGAGGGCAGGUCAAGUUUAGCCUAAUGGCCCCUGGAACUCACGUCAGAGCGCACGUCGGCCCUACCAACUGCCGGCUCAGGAUGCAUUUGGGGCUGAGCAAUACCAAAGAUACCUAUUUAAGAGUGGAUAAGGAAAUCAGGCAAUGGAGCGUGGGCCGCGUUCUGCUGUUCGACGACAGCUUCGAGCACGAGGUAUGGCACAACGGCACGCGCGCGCGUCUCGUGCUAAUCGUCGACGUGUGGCACCCACAGCUCACGGCCAAGGAGAGGCGGCAGCUGCCCGCCAUUUAGUUAGGCGGCGACUACACGCAGGAAACGUUCGAUAAGGCGAGGACUACAAA